AUGUCAGGCUGGAGGCUUCUCCUGAUUCUCGUAGCUGGAGGGGCUGAAGAACCCAAGAUCUGCUGGCCAGAUCGCUGCAACAGGCUCACGGGCCGCGAAGGAGCAGGAAUCCGACGUCAGCAGGGAAGACCGCCGCUGGCUGUCUCAAGUCCCAAGAACCGCAGGGCAGCUGAUCAGGAUCCAUUUAGGAGCAGAUUCAUCAGCAAGAACAGCUGGAGCCCACCCAGUCACUUGGACUUCACAAACCAGAGUUUGCUUCAGUACAAGGCCUUGACCACCCCUGCUCUGGAGUCACUGCCCCACUCCUUAAAAGAAAAAGGUUCAGAUAAAGAGGAGAAACUGUUUAAAGGAAAAGGCAAGACACUCUCUUCUCAGCCAAAUGAGAGCAGCACCCAGAGGCAAGGGGUCUCUCCAUUGAACUCCAGAAAGAAGGAUGAAAAGGGUCCUGAUGCUGGAGAUGAGACCCAGAGUACCCACCAUGGGAAACACUCGAAGACGCAUUCCAAGCGAAGGAAGCGGCCCAGAGUCUGGUCCCCAGGAGACCAGCCACCACCACUUCGGAGAUGCCUGGUAACCUCCCUGCGGGCUCUGUCUGAGGCCAUUUACCAGGAUGUGGCCCAGGUUUGGGCCCAGCAGGCACAGGCCCCGCUGACCUGGGAGGAGCUCGAGGUGCUCGCCCAGCUCCGGGGGCAGCUGUACACAGCAACCCAAACCUUCUACACCAUGGCCACCGAGGCGGCAUAUGUCUUCCCUGCUGAGGGUUGGCUCAACCCUGAACCACUGCCUGGCUCCAGGGACCCAGCCCAGGAUUAG